AUGCAAUCUUUAUAUGAUAUUAAUGGCACUGUGAUUAUGUAUGGAUAAACAGGAUUAGGCAAAAGAUUUGCAAUAUUAAGCAAUAGAAAUUAAGACUAUUUAGUAAUUCGUCAAGGUGAUUUUUAAAUAGUAAUUUUAAAGUCUUUGAAUACUGUAGACUCAAUUGAAUUUAUUUUAUAUAAGGGUAUUUUAAACAAAUUGAAUUGACAUUUUUACAGUAAUUUUAUGUGAUGAAUCAUACAUUCAAUUCUGAGAGGAAGAGUAAUGUAAAUAUUCAGAAGUUUUUCAGAAAGAUUUACUUUUUAGUUUAUUUAUUAUUAAUAUAAGCGAAGAUGCAGUUCCAUUUCUCCUAGAAAAUAUCUCUGAAUACUAUUUACUUGUAUAAUAUACAAAAUCAAAUUAAAAAAAGAUGAUUGGAGUUCAGAAUUUUGAUUUUGAACUUAUGUGGAGAAUUUGAUAAAAUCAAUCAUUUACAUGAAUGGCAUUUUUAAGUAAAAAAAUAAAUAAAUUAGUUGAAAUUUUAUGAAUAUAUAAACUAAACCUAAUUUGAAAAGGAAAUACCCAUAAAAUGUAAAAUUAAUCUAAAGAAAAGACAAUGAAAU